UGGUCUUCAAAAGAGGGGGAUGCGAGUCUCCUGAAGUCCCGCCUCGAUGUGAGCGAUGACGUCAUAUAUUUAAGAAGUCCGGGAUUUGAACUCCGCAAUUCCCGCAGACCAGUCAGACUGGACCGGUGUCGCCUUUGCAGCGAACGCAUCCUCAUCUGGCCGGCGCUUUGAGAAAGGUCUCAGGACAAUGAUGGAGCUAUUGACCGCUACCCCUUUCUAUCACCCCAACACAACAGAUGGAACUGGAAGAAAUGGCUCUUUGUAUGAUGACGAGGACGAGUAUGACUAUAAGGAUGAGCAUGCUGAGCUGAGACAGUCCCUCAACACCAUGUCUCUCAUCGUGUACUGCCUGGCCUUCAUUCUUGGUGUGCUGGGGAAUGGAGUUGUUAUCUGGGUGACCGGGUUCAAGAUGAAGAAAACCGUUAACACAGUUUGGUUCCUCAACCUUGCCGUGGCCGACUUCCUCUUCACGGCGUUCCUGCCCCUGAGCGUGACGUACACAGCUAUGGAUUUCCACUGGCCUUUCGGCAAGUUCAUGUGCAAACUGAACAGCACCAUAAGCUUUCUCAACAUGUUCUCCAGCGUCUACAUUCUGGUGGUGAUCAGUGUGGACAGAUGUGUGUCUGUGGUGUGGCCCGUCUGGGCCCAGAACCACCGAAGUGUACGCAAGGCGUCCGGUGUGAGUCUGGGUGUUUGGGUACUGGCUCUGAUUCUCAGCGCUCCAUACUUCAUCUUUAGGGACACGGGGCCGUCAUAUAACAACGACGACAUCAUUAACUGCUUCAAUAACUUUGCAUUUUCUGAUGAUUAUGAAACGCCGUCUGUGAACCAGCUGCGACAGUUUCGUCAUCAGGCCAUGACCAUCACCCGCUUCCUCCUGGGAUUUGUUGUCCCCUUCACUGUCAUUGUCUCCUGUUAUGCUGUGAUAAUCCAUCGUCUCAGAAGAAACCGCACCCUGGCCAGCCAGUCCAGUCGCCCCUUUAAGAUCAUCGCUGCUGUUAUCACCACUUUUUUCCUGUGCUGGGCUCCUUAUCACAUCAUGGCACUAAUUGAGCUGGUAAAUCACAUGGCUACUCAUGCAAGUGAAACAUUGGACCAUGUCACCACUAUCGGAGUUCCUAUAGCAACCAGCCUGGCCUUUCUCAACAGUUGCCUAAACCCACUGCUGUAUGUGUUCAUGGGCCAAGAUUUCAAGGACAAGGUCCGCAAAUCCAUCCUGAAUGUACUGGAGACUGCCUUCCAGGAGGAGGUUUCUCGCUCUUACACCUACACAAACUCAAUGGUCACCAGUCGGAGCAAAGAAAAGUCUGUUUCUGAUGCCGAGGUAUAAAGUGUUCCAAGAAUAAGCAAAUACAGAAAGUGUACAUAGAAAAUGUAAGCUUUUGUUGCUGUUAGCUUUGGUGGGUUAUUUUAUACGAGGACCCUCAGGCUAAUCGGCAAACAUCAUCUCAGAUUGAAAGAUUUCACCUGUUGCAGUUUGACUGAUAUGAGUUUUAUGAUUGGCUAACUGAUCAGGUCCAGAAAAGAGCUGUGCCUCUGAACUUCACCUACAGUACUUUCAGUAUGGUAGAACAGACUGGUGGUAAUACUGUACAAUAAGACGUGGAUCCAUCUGUGGCGCAUUUGAGGGGUAAAGCAUUUUGAAAUGAUGGAAAAUUGAAAUUUAUACAGGCACUGUCAAAACCAGAGGUUAGAAAGAAAACGUGUGUGGCUACGUUUAUCUUUUGAGUAACAAUCAUGCUUCCUCUCCAUGCAGUGCUGUUGUUGGCUGCACUUACAGUCCGUACCACAAUAGACCAUGUGGAUAUGUAAUGCGCCAUCUUUUUGACAAGUGAAAUCAGUCAGAAUUUCAAAAUAGCUUUCACAUUAGUUUGUGGUUGAAUUUGUGCCACAUAAGAUUUGGAAUUUUGUGCUUUUCAUCUAUCACUUACACUCCAGAUGUUGUUUAGUAUACGUCCACGCCUGUAUGUGUCAGCAAGAAAGCAAGCAGCUAAACAAGUCCCAGUUGUUUAUGGACUAUAACUGUAGACUAUAUUAAUAACAAGAAAGACUGGAACCUCGCCUAAAUAACAUAGUAUUGAGGGUAGUUUGACAAAGAGCAUCACUUCGUUCUUUUCACAGAAUGUAGCUUUUAAAAAAAAAUCAAAGGGAAGAGAAAUAACUGAAUAAAUAAUCUGUAGUGUGAAAUAAUGUUGCUGAACCACUUCACAAACAGGCUCAUCGCAAGUUCAUUUCUCAACUUCCCCUUCACACGUGACUCCACGCAGCUGCUUAUCCUGUCACGUGUCAUGACUAUGACAGAAGUGGCUACAUGACAGUGACCACAGAGGCCAUCUUUGGGUACGUGUGAAGUGAAAGUGGUCAGUUACACUGCCAGGUUCAGUAUACUUCAUUUUGUCUGUGCAGUCAUUUUCAUUAAGUUAUUCACUGUGUCAUUUCUUAUGCCGCCUGCUGUCCAGCACAGAUAAAAACUGAUUCAGAUGACUGCUACAUGUCUACUGCAUGCUACAUGUUAUUGCCAUUUGUUAUUCAGCACAAGGACAGGCUAAUGUAAGCCUAUAUAUGAUACUGACUAUGAGAUUAUUAUGCAUAAAUUAGUGGCUGCAUUGUAUACUUGCCUUUGUUUGAUUUUUUUGAGCGUUGUUAGUUGUGGUUUGUCGUGGUUUGUUUUGGUUUUUUAAUGGGGGGUAUGUCUGAUAGCACCCUAAGUAAAUGCAUGUUGUGCCAUAAUCUGAGAAUUUCAAUGUAUCAUUUCCUCCCUGUUUUUUCUGUUUAUUUCAAAGCUAUAAUUAAAGAUUAUUUUCCUAUUGA